AUGAGGAAAUCAGAAACAGCAUCUGGCUGUUUAGCUACAGCGGCAGCAGAUAUUGCAUGCAUAAAUCCUCUUAGUGGCAGCGAUCUCUGUCCUCUUCUUCAGCAAUUCGGUACGGCGAUGAGCAAAGCCCAUUUUGAUGAUGCUCGAGGAUUGAUUGAAUCAUUUCGAGGAACACGGGUUCCAAUAUCAGCUAGUGCUGAAGAUUCUCUUUGUCAUUUACUCCUUUCCGCUUGCAUUCAGAUAGUAAAAGCGGAGAGCGCAUAUUAUUCUCUGAAUUUUAUGGUACCGAAAGCCUUUUUUCGGCGAGAAAGCACUCUGCUGUUAACUUACACACAGAUAAAAGCCGAACUAUGUCGUAUGGAUGAUGUCAUGGGAAAUACUAAGAUUUCAGCAGCGGAGGAUAUCAGACGACGGUUGAUUGACUUUACCAGUGCUAGAGUUUCGAUGAUCAAUGUUUACAAUUCAUUUCUUGUUGAAAAUUUUGGUCUUCCAAGUGAACUGAUAGCUUUGACGACAGUCCUUUCAUCAGUCGAACAUUUACUAAUGCUUUUAAUUAAUCACGAGUCACUUACAUCCUUAUUUACCUUUGUCGCUAACGAAAUAGUGGCAAUGAAGCUACUUUUGGAGGUACAGCUAGCUCUGAUACGAUGUGAGUUUUUGCAAUCAUUGAUUAAAUUGAAGAACGCACAUGCUCAGCUUCAAACAUGGUUCAAUUCCGUCGGUUAUAAACAUGUGCAAACUAAAGCAACAGUCAAGUUCUUCGGCUUCGGAUCUCAAGUUCAGUGUUCUCCUUUGAGGCUAUGUAGCUGGACCUAUGAAUUUUACAUGUUAUUAUUGGCGAAAUUCUCUCUAUAUUUUCAUGAUUCACUACAGCAGCAGUGCUCAGUAGGUGACUUUGAUCAUACAAUUGGUACUAUGAAAUCACCGAAUUUUGUUCAAAUAUUCGCUACAUUUCAACGCAGGAUGGAGCCAUUAUAUAUUCUUCUAAUUGCUAAUCGUUGCAGUGCUCCGGACAUAUCAUCUUUUGUUGGUUACGGCCGUGCUGCGGACCUCGAUGAUGGGGAAGGUGAACUGCGAAAAAAAUUUUUAAUUCUUUUAAAAAUAGGUGGUGAAACGAAAGAAGUGGGUGUGUUGCUUCCGUCAAUUUCCAUACUUGUACAAGAAGCAGGUGCUAAAAAAUCUGUAACAGAUCGUAUCACAUACUGCUAUGAUCAGCUUAUGUCCAGGAGUUUCUUCGUAAUGCCGGUAGAAUAUUAUUUAUAUAUAACAAUUGUUUUUGAUCGAAAAGUUAGCGAACGUGAUAACACGGUGGUUAAUUUUCUGCUGAACAAUUGCAAUCAGUUGCGAUGUGCUAAAAUUUGCCAAAGUUGGCGAAAAUUUUCAACGUAG